UUGCUGCUAUGAUCCUUAGCUGCAUCUGUGAAGCAGCCUGAGUUUUUACAGGGAGGCAAAUAUUAAGAAGAUAGAAAAUAUAAUUUAUAAAGUAAAAAUGUGGGACCAAGGAGGACAACCUUGGCAACAGUGGCCUUUGAAUCAACAACAGUGGAUGCAGUCAUUUCAGCACCAGCAGGAUCCAAGUCAGAUUGAUUGGGCUGCAUUAGCUCAAGCAUGGAUUGCUCAACGAGAAGCCUCAGGACAGCAAAGUGUGGUGGAGCAGCCUCCAGGAAUAAUGCCAAAUGGACAAGACAUGUCAGGAAUAGAGUCUGGUCCAAACAACCAUGGAAAUUUUCAAGGGGAUACAAAUUUUAACCGAAUGUGGCAACCAGAAUGGGGAAUGCAUCACCAACCCCCACACCCCCCUCCAGAUCAGCCAUGGAUGCCACCAACACCAGGCCCAAUGGACAUUGUUCCUCCUUCUGAAGACAGCAACAGUCAGGACAGUGGGGAAUUUGCCCCCGACAACAGGCAUAUAUUUAACCAGAACAAUCACAACUUUGGUGGACCACCCGAUAAUUUUGCAGUGGGGCCAGUGAACCAGUUUGACUAUCAGCAUGGGGCUGCUUUUGGUCCACCACAAGGUGGAUUUCAUCCUCCUUAUUGGCAACCAGGACCACCAGGACCUCCAGCACCUCCCCAGAGUCGAAGAGAGAGGCCAUCAUUCAGGGAUCGCCAGCGUUCACCCAUAGCAUUACCUGUGAAGCAGGAACCUCCACAAAUUGAUGCAGUAAAACGCAGAACUCUUCCAGCUUGGAUUCGUGAAGGUCUUGAAAAGAUGGAACGUGAAAAACAAAAGAAAUUGGAAAAAGAGAGAAUGGAACAACAACGUUCACAAUUAUCCAAAAAAGAAAAGAAAUCAACUGAAGAAGCUGAAGGAGGGGAUGGCCCUCGUUUGCCUCAGAGAAGCAAAUUUGAUAGUGAUGAGGAUGACGAUGAUGUUGAAAAUGUUGAAGCAGCAAGCAGUGGAAAAAUUACUAGAAGCCCAUCUCCAGUUCCUCAAGAAGAACAAAGUGAACCAGAGAUGACAGAAGAAGAGAAGGAAUAUCAGAUGAUGUUAUUGACAAAAAUGCUGCUGACAGAAAUUCUAUUGGAUGUCACGGAUGAAGAAAUUUAUUAUGUGGCCAAAGAUGCACACCGGAAAGCAACAAAAGCUCCUGCAAAACAGCUGGCACAGUCCAGUGCACUGGCUUCCCUCACUGGACUUGGUGGACUGGGUGGUUAUGGAUCAGGAGACAGUGAAGAUGAGAGGAGUGACAGAGGCUCUGAGUCAUCUGAUACUGAUGAUGAGGAAUUACGACACCGAAUUAGGCAAAAACAGGAAGCAUUUUGGAGAAAAGAGAGAGAGCAGCAGCUGUUGCAUGAUAAACAAGUGGAAGAAGAAAAGCAACAAAAUGAAAGGGUUACAAAAGAAAUGAAUGAAUUCAUCCACAAAGAGCAAAAUAGCAGUUUAUCACUACUAGAAGCAAGAGAAGCAGAUGGUGAUAUGGUUAAUGAAAAGAAAAGGACGCCAAAUGAAACUACACCAAAUAUAGAACCAAAAAAAGAUCAUAAAGAAAAAGAGAGAUUAGGAAGGAGUCAGUCAGGAAGUUCUAGUAGUGGUAGUACAAGCAGCAAUAGCAGAAGCAGCAGUAGCAGCAGCAGUGUAUCUAGUUCAUCAUACAGUUCUAGCUCAGGUAGCAGCCGCAGUUCUUCACGUUCAUCUUCUCCUAAAAGGAAGAAGAGACAUAGUCAUAGCAGGUCUCCACUACAUAAACCUAGGCGCAGCAGGAGUAGAAGUUACUCUCGUAGAGUUAAAGGAGAGAGUAACCGAGCUAGGGAAAAACUAAGAGAUAGGAGGAGAUCUAGCAGAAAUAGUAUAGAGAGAGACAGAAGAAGAAAUAGGUCUCCUUCCCGAGAGAGACGUAGAACUAGAAGUCGCUCAAGAGAUAGGCGCGCCAAUCGAGCUACUCGUAGUAGAAGUCGAGAGAGACGUAAAGCUGAUGACCAGCGUGGUAAUCUUAGUGGGAGCAGUCAUAAGCAUAAAGGUGAUGGUAAAGAUCAAGAACGAAAAAAAGAGAGGAGUAGAAGCUUAGAUAAAGAUAGGAAAAAGAAAGAAAAAGAAAGGGAGAGAGAACAGGAUAGAAGAAAAGAGAAGCAAAAAAGGGAAGAAAAAGACAGUAAAUCUAGUAGCCAAGAUGACAGGUUAAAAAGAAAAAGAGAAAGUGAAAGAACAUUCUCUCGAAGUGAUUCAAUAUCUAUUAAAAUUUUAAGACAGGAUUCUAGACAGGAGAGUAAGAAAAGUUCUACCAAAGAUAGUAAAAAACAUUCAGGCUCUGAUUCUAGUGCAAGGAGCAGUUCUGAAUCUCCGGGAAGUAGUAAAGAAAAGAAGGCUAAGAAGCCUAAACAUAGUCGGUCGCGAUCCAUGGAGAAAUCUCAAAGGUCUGGUAAGAAGGCAAGCCGCAAACACAAGUCUAAGUCCCGAUCAAGAUCACCAUCCCCUCCCCGUCGUAAGCGCUGAGGAAUGAUGUGGCACAAAUGCCAUGAUGUUGUUAAAAAAUUCCAUGAGUUUUAAGGGCUUGUCUCAUUAUAGAGGCACAUUGUGGCUGUGUAGGUGAAAACAGAAUCUUUUUUUUUUUUUUAAUCUGUAAAUAGGUGUAUUUUUUCCAAAUGCUGCUCCAAGUUACUUAAUAGGAUUUCUUUGUAUUACUUUUUUUUUUUUUCAAAAUAGUGCUUAAUAAGAAUAUAAAACGUACCAUUCUCUCUUUCAGCUGUAAUGUUCUUAAAAUUACUAUUGAAUGUACUGUGAUGUCAAUAAAGCUCUUUAGUUCAUUUUUGUUAA